GGCGGAAAGCCCUUAAGGUCUAGCUUUUUGUUCCUAACGAGCGCGGGAGGAUCGCCUGGAGAGCCGUUUAGCUUCGCCCAAGGGGACUGUGAGCAGCUGUUAAGUUUCCGUGCGGGACUCAUUUGCGCUUCUCUCAGAAUGGCAGCAGGAAAUGCUUACAUUGGAAAACCAGCCCCAGACUUUCAAGCCACAGCUGUAAUGCCUGAUGGGCAAUUCAAAGAUAUAAAAUUGUCCGAUUUCAAAGGGAAAUACGUUGUGUUUUUCUUCUAUCCACUUGACUUCACUUUUGUCUGCCCGACUGAAAUAAUUGCAUUCAGCGACAGAUCUGAUGAGUUUAGAAAAAUCAAUUGUGAAGUAAUUGCUGCUUCUGUUGACUCCCACUUCUGUCAUCUUGCCUGGGUCAACACACCUAAAAAACAAGGUGGAUUAGGUACCAUGCAAAUUCCCUUGGUGUCUGACACAAACCGUGCAAUUUCAAAAGACUAUGGAGUGCUGAAAGAAGAUGAUGGCAUAUCUUACAGGGGGCUCUUUAUAAUUGAUGACAAAGGGAUUUUACGGCAGAUCACAAUCAAUGAUCUUCCUGUUGGCCGCUGGGUUGAUGAAACACUCCGACUAGUUCAGGCUUUUCAGUUUACAGACAAACAUGGAGAAGUGUGUCCUGCUGGCUGGCAACCUGGAUCUGACACAAUCAAACCUGAUGUAAAGAACAGUAGGGAGUACUUUUCCAAGCAGAAGUGAAUAUACCAUGUGUCAUGUUACAAAUAUACCAUGUGUCAUGUUACAAUGUAUAAUGUAACCCAUGUAAGACCUAAUUCUGUUUACCAUUCUUAUAUUUAAAGAGCAACUAUAUUGUGAGCCGAUUGGCUUAUGGCUGCCAUUUGUUCUGGAUUCAAUUGCUUUUAGCAGGAUGCUUUUUUUUUUGAGUAAACGGAUUGGGGAUUGAAACCUGUUGGCAGUAGCUGUAAGUACUGACCGAGUUACGUCCUAAUUAUUUGAACCAAGGUAGCAAACCUAACACUCCUUCUGCUCAUGUGGGUAACUGAUAACCAAUACCCAUCUAAGUUAUUGGCUUAGUGCUGCAUGUAGAACAGAUAUUUUGUAUUUGUCUAGUAUUUUGUACUGUCAUUAAAUUUCUGAAGAAAUAAAACA